AUGGGCUCAAUGGCAGACACCAAGCGUCUCGUAACAGCAGACGACAUCGAUCGUCUCCGGCAACUACUCAGCGACACCGAUGCUGAAGUUCGCGGUCCUUCUGAUACCGGCUACGACAAAUCAAUCGAUCGAUGGUCGAAAGCAGCAGAGAAGCCCGCCGGACUAGCUAUCGCUCCAGCGUCUGCCCAGGACGUUGCCAUUGCUGUCAAGUAUGCUGCUGAGAAUGGACUGGAUCUCGCGGUUAAAGGCGGUGGCCACUCGACUGCAGGUGCUUCUAGUACGGACGGCGGCAUCUUGAUCGAUUUGCAAAGUAAGAUGCGCAAGGUCACCGUCGACACUGAGAAGAAUCUCCUCCACGUCCAGGGCGGAGCACUCUGGUCCGAUGUCGACGAGGCUGCUUGGAACCAUGGUCUUGCGACAGUCGGCGGUACUGUUGCGGAUACUGGUAUUGGCGGUCUCACGCUGGGCGGCGGGUAUGGCGUGCUUUCUGGCGCCCACGGGCUGGUUAUUGACAAUACUGUCUCGUUCGAGACGGUGCUUGCGAACGGCGAGGUUAAGAGGUCUAGUAAAGAAGAGAACGCUGACCUCUUCUGGGCUCUGAACGGAGCUGGACAGAACUUUGGCGUUACGACUGAGUUUGUUUUCCAAGCGCAUCCGCAGGAUAAGAUCUAUAUGGGGACGAUGUUGUUCCCGGCUGAAGCCAUCUCGAAGCUUGUCGCCGCUCUGAACGAACUGUACAAGGUCAACGAGACUCCCCAAGGGCCGCAGACGAAGAGUCUUGGACGAGCAAUGAGUCUUGUUGGUUUUGCAAAACCUCCUCCCGCUGAAGGGAAGACUAUGGUGUUGAUGAAUGCUGUCUUCGACGGCCCCGAGGAAGAAGGGAAGAAGAUGUUCCAGCCGUUCUUUGAUAUUGGGCCGGCUGUUAACGAAAUGAGGAUGGACGCCUACCCCAACGCAAACAAGCUUGUCCCAGCAAUGUACGGCAUGCGCAGCUCGAUGAAAGGCGCCGCACAUAUGAUGCCUUUGCGGGAGCAAUUCGUGCACGACAUCAAAACCGCUUACGAUGGCUUCAUCGACACUUGUCCAGAUGCGGCCCUCAGUGUCGUCGCGUGGGAGCUAUACGAUCCAGUCAAAGUAGCAGCCAGCGAUGAAGGCAGCUUUGCGAAUCGUGGAUAUCAUUUCAACAGCCUUGUGAUGCCGAUGUGGAGCAAGGCAGAGAACGACGCUCAGUGUAGGCAGUUCGCUCGGGACCUCUCCAACAUGUUCAAGAAGGAGAUAUCGGAGCACGGGGCGAAAGCUAGUGGUGGUAUUGAAGGUGGUGCCAGUGUUCGUGGGCGGAAGGGCGCUGUGCUACUUUAUGGCAACUAUGAUCAAUACGACGAGAUAUCGAAGGAUGUGUACGGCGACAACUACCCACGGCUGCAGAAGAUCAAGGCGCAGUAUGACCCGAAGAACAUGUUCAACAAGCUGUUUGCCAUACAGCCGGAGGGUGCGUCAGCGCAGCUAUAA